UCCCUCCCUUUCUCUCUCUCUCUCUCUCUCUCUCUGCUGUCUGUCAUCCCUCUUUUUCUCUCUUUCUACCUUUUCCUCUCUGCCUGUCCUCCACUUCUCUUCAGCUGCUAGAAGCUUGCAGACUCUCUGCUUCCUUCAACCACUGAGAAUUCAGAAGCACUCCGGACGAAGACCCUGUCACAGGAGCAGCUGAGAUGGCGAUGAGCAGCAUCCUCAACACUGAAGACAUCAAGAAAGCUGUCAGUGCGUUUGCAGCUCCUGACAGUUUUGACCAUAAGAAGUUUUUUGAGAUGGUGGGUCUGAAGUCCAAGUCCAACGACGAUGUGAAGAAGAUCUUCACGGUGCUGGAUGCCGACAACAGCGGCUACAUAGAGGAGGAAGAGCUCAAAUACGUGCUGAAGGGUUUCGCCAAAGAUGGCAGGGACCUGACAGACAAAGAAACCAAAGCAUUUUUAAAAGCAGCCGACAAGGAUGGAGACGGCAAGAUCGGAGUGGACGAAUUUGCCGCCCUCGUGAAAGAAUAAAAUAGUCACUUAUUGCAAUGAAACAUCGCCUCCUAACCCACACGACAUCCCGACACCUGCCUCCCCUCUUCACCUGCUCCCCACGCCCCCCCGACCCCUCACACCCCGACUCACCUCCUGCCCCCCCUCUUAUGAGACUAAAGCUGAUUCUACUGCGACUCUUCUUCUCAACCUUUCCCCUCCUCGUCCAUCUCCACCCCCCACCCCUAUUUAUUUGAUCCUUUUUAUACAGAUUCUUUUGGUUUCUCUUUAUGUAUAGAUUCAUAACAUGCCUGCAGGAACAAAGCUCACAUUUUAAACCAUAAGAUAGAUGUACAAACAAAAACAGGUUAUUGGAGAAAGGAUCUCAUUUCCCUCUGUAUCUCGAACUUCGCCCUCCUUCUUAUCUUUCCCUCGCCGGUACUUCUUCUCCCUCUGCAUCUCUACUAUGUUCUCUUUUCCGUUUCCCCCCCUCGUCUCUGUUAAAGUCACCUCUGGCUCUGUGCCCUUAAUGGACCCCUCUAUCCUCCCUCACACCAUCACCUCCUCCGUCCAUCCAUCCAUCCAUCUCUCCUCUGGUAAUGAGCUGUUGUAAAACACACCAAAAGAAGAAAGAAGUCAAGCUGUGAAAGAAUUAAAUAAAACUGAAAAAACAACAAA